GAUAGAGUCACAAAAAGUGCGCCGAAUACAAGAGUCUGAGCUCCGAUUGCAAUCGUUUGUUGGCGAUAUGGCGGAGUAAUGAGUACACACAUCAGACAUGGGUAAUAGCAUAGUCUCGGCUGUUGACGAUAAGGUUGAAAGACUCUUGCAGUCGGGAUCCGUUCCUAAUGCAUGCGAUGAUCAGAGAGAACCUCUACUGGUGAAGGCUUGUCGUAAUGGUUUCAAGGAUGUCGUUGAUGUUCUGUUAAUGAGAGGAGCGGUAGUCAACAAAGCUAAUCGUAAAGGUGAAACAGCGCUAAUGACUGCAACGACUUCUGGUUCUUAUGAAAUAAUCGUUAUGUUAUUACAAGCUGGUGCUGAUAUUAACCAGACGACUGUGGCUGGAAGGACAGCACUUCAUUAUGCAGCUUCCAAGAAUCACUCCAAUAUUGUCAGUCUCUUAUUAGCAAAUGGAUGUGAUGUCAAUGCAGUUGGUGAGAGAGGAACAGCACUAGAAGUAGCUAAGAGAUGCAACCACAGACGUGUUGUUGAUAUAAUCACGUCGUUUGUUGCCCCUUUGACGAGAACAAGAACACCUCUACAACAACAUCCUACAGAUGAAGAGCUAGUACAACAACUAUUUCAACAGAUAGAGCUACUGAGAGUAGAAGAUGUAACUAAAGAUAGAGAAAUCACUCGUCAGAGACAACAAAUCACUGAUCUAGAGAAAGCAUUGAGAGACGAACGACUGCAAAGAGAACGAGAACAAACAGGCAAAGAAGAGAGAAGAGAGAACGAAAAGAAGGAACAUCUACAGCAAUUGCUAACUGAAGAACAAAGGAGAACGGCAAACAUUGAGGAGUUGCUGUCUGAUGCCGAAGCAGCACUCGAACGAAACAACCAAAAGAAAGAAAGCGAAGUUCUUAAUAUCCCUUCACACGACAUUCGACUGACUGACACAGAACUAGGACGAGGAUCAUAUGGAGUUGUUUGUGUUGGAUAUUGGCGUGGCUGUCCUGUUGCAGUCAAACGUCUGUACGACCAUUUGGCUGCGGCUCCACGAAACGUUCACCUCUUGCAGCAAGAGGUGUUUGUAGCGUGGCGGUUGCAUCAUCCAAACAUUGCUGCUGUUUGUGGUGUCACUCUGGAGUUAGAAGAGAAGAAGGCGUGGAUUAUCAUGGAAUUACAGAGCGGCUCCAUGUCUGGUGUCAUCGAUGCAUGUCAUGGCGACGUUGCGCCUCUCACUCUACGAGAAACAGUUGACAUGACACACGAUACUUUGUGUGGACUCGACUACAUUCACUCUAUGCAACCUAGAGAGAUUCUCCACGGUGACAUCUGUCCAAGGAACAUCCUCGUAACAGCAAUGAUGAGAGCCAAACUUGGUGAUCUAGGAGCCGCUCGAUUCCGCGAUGCUUCACUGUCAGUCGGUCUGGUCAGUCCACAAUACACAGCACCAGAGAGACUCGACGUUCCAGGUCAACCAAAAAGCACAAAGACCGACAUGUACAGCAUGGCAGUGACCAUAUGCGAGCUCUUCACCUUCGUUCCUCCUGAUCGUGAGCAAAGAAAAGAUCAAGUCUUACUCAUCCGUCAGAGAGACGUCCGUUCGUUGUGUAAGCACUUGAUGAGUGAUGAUCCUGCCACGCGACCGACAGCAGCAGAAGCUCGCGAUGUUGUCAGUCAAAUUUGUGAGACGGACGAGUAUACAGCAUGUUCUCCUAGACGAAUGGUAAUCGGUAAGAUGGACGGAAUCAGUGAAGUUGCUCUCGUUCAUCCACAUCUGGUCAAGCCCACGUGUCUUUGAAUUUUGUAUUUUUUACUUGACAAUGUGUAUACAUGCUGGACAGUGUAUUAGUCCUGAUAGUUGGUUUUGUAUUGUGCUGGUCAGGCAACUAGCGUUUUUAAUAAAACAG